AAAGGAGGCGGCCGGCAGCCCAGCUGUUUUGAAAAAUGCUUCCUGUUUCUUUAAAGGCGCUCGCGGCUCGGGCGGCCGGGGCUGGGGAGGCGGCGGCGCUGACUGAUCUGGGGAACCGGGCUUCUGUGUAAACUGAGGCUAAACAAACACAGAUGGAGCGCAGCGGGCGUUCUCCAGAAACGCUGGCACGGCGGCAGCGACUUCAGAUGACACUCUGAGCGCUCCGGGAACGGACAGCCCGGCGGCGCAGCUGCCCCGGGGCGAGGGGGAGAAAGGGAGGGAGGGAGGGAGCGAGCGAGCGAGCAGGGGGAGAGCUGGCGACUCCGAGGCGCUGAGCGCGGCGGCCGCCCGGGCAGAGCGAGCGCGGCGGGCGCGCUUCCCGGGCAGCCCCACGCCCCUGCCUCGCGCGUUACCCGCGCCAUGAAGCACAUCCCGGUUCUCCAGGACGGGCCCUGGAAGACCGUGUGCGUGAAGGAGCUGAACGGCCUCAAGAAGCUCAAGAGGAAAGGCAAGGAGCCGGCCCGGCGCGCGAACGGCUAUAAAACUUUCCGAUUGGACUUGGAAGCGCCCGAGCACGGCGCCACCGCCACCAACGGGCUGCGGGACAGAACCCAGCGGCUGCAGCCAGUCCCGACCCCGGUGCCAGCCCGGGUGGCGCCGGCCGUUCCCUCAGGUGGGGGCGCAGACACGGCCGGGGAGCGCGGGGGCGCCCGGGCGCCGGAGGUCUUGGACCCGCGGAAACGCGGCUUCGCCCUGGGCGCAGUGGGGCCGGGACUCCCCACGCCGCCUCCGCCGCCGCCGCCUCCUGCGCCCCAGGGCCAGGUACCUGGGGGUCCCGAGACACAGCCUUUCCGGGAGCCGGGCCUGCGUCCCCGCAUCUUGCUGUGCGCACCGCCAGCACGCCCCACGCCGUCUGCGCCCCCGGCGCCCCCAGAGCCCCCGGUGCGCCCCGCGCCCCCCACGCGCCCUGGGGAAAGUUCUUACUCGUCAAUUUCACACGUAAUUUACAAUAACCACCCGGAUUCCUCCGCGUCGCCUAGGAAACGGCCGGGCGAAGCCACCGCCGCCUCCUCGGAGAUCAAAGCCCUGCAGCAGACCCGGAGGCUCCUGGCGAACGCCAGGGAGCGGACGCGAGUGCACACCAUCAGCGCAGCCUUCGAGGCGCUCAGGAAGCAGGUGCCGUGUUACUCGUACGGGCAGAAGCUGUCCAAGCUGGCCAUCCUGAGGAUCGCCUGCAACUACAUCCUGUCCCUGGCGCGGCUGGCCGACCUCGACUACAGCGCCGACCACAGCAACCUCAGCUUCUCCGAGUGCGUGCAGCGUUGCACCCGCACCCUGCAGGCCGAGGGCCGCGCCAAGAAGCGCAAGGGGAUCUUCCUGACCCAGAGAUCGAACCUGGGUCUCCUGCAUUGCAGGCAGACUCUUCAUCAGCUGAGACACCAGGGAAGCCCAUACAGUGACUUCCAAGAUGGGGCCAAGGAGUGACCAGCCAUGGGCUCGCCUGAGGAUGCUGCUGUGGGCCCUCUUUCCAAGUCAAGCUUGAGGAGAAGGUGAGCUUGCCAAGUCCAGCCUCGUCUUCCUCUCUAAGAUGCCACCGGAUGCUCAGACCACCUCCUCUCAGGACAAGAGUUAGCCUGCCUCCUACUCACCCUCACCCAGACCCCCACCCCCAGCCACUCUACGGUGACUUUGCACUUUGCUCUCUGCCCGGUGGGGUGGGGAGAGCAAAGUCUUCGCCUUGCCCGGGCCUGAGGCCCACCGUCCUGGCUGCAGAAAUUCAUUGCCAAAGAUUCAACAGGGACACUGAACAAACUGGGGGUGAGAGGACCCCAUGGUGAAAAGCCACACUGUGGCUCUGUGACCUUUGCUCCUCGUGUUGCCCGGGUCCCAUCUCAGGCCAAAGACAAGUCAACAUUUCCACUAGGAACUCAUGGAAGAGAUGGAUGUUUGGUAACUUCAGACAUGAUCCGGAACUGUCUUUCUCCACUUGGCCCUGAGCUGGCUGGACCCAAGAUACAUCUUCUAGGGGCUGUGAGAGGGAGGCUGGGGGUGCCUGUGGGGAGUGGGAUCUGAGAUCCCAGCCCCUCUCUCCCUCCCACUGGCUGCCCAGGCCUCUGACCUUGAUUUUCCAUGUUCCCUGGGCCCAGGCUCCUUCUUGGGCCCUCAGCAUCAUGAGAAUUGAGUAUGUAGGGGGAGCAGCACCCAUACCCCACCCCCGGGACUUGCCUCGAGGUGACCUGCCCCCAGCUGGCCUGGCCAGCCACUCCUUGCCAGGGGCCCGCCCUCCUGACAGGACACACAAGAGGGUGCCCUGCCUGGAGGCCAAUGGUCUGUGACGGUUGUGCAGGGGGGCAGAGGAGAGGAAGGGACCAGGGGAAUGGGCCAGUAAUGUGGGGAGGAAGGCAUGUUCAAAGCCAAGGCCUGUUCUUUCCUUGUGCUCACAUGGCCAAAGCUGUUCACAUCUGUGCUCAACCAUCUGCUUCAAAUUGAAGUAAAAGCCCCAAUGUGUAAAGAAAA